AUGUAUUUGGGAAGCGUAAAAAAUUUCGAAGACGAAUUUUUAUGUAAAGGGGAAUAUAAACAGGUCUAUUUAUCCCUAGAACAAAAUGAGAACAAUGAGGCUAUAGAAAUAGAUAUAUGUUGUGAUAAUAAUAUUUAUGAUAUUCUUCAAUUUUGUAGAGAAAAAUAUGGUAUAUAUGGUGAAUAUAUUAUUGAUAGUUGUGGUAAUGUAAUACAUUCGAUAAAAGAUAUAAUAGAUGGUGAUACCUUAUAUUUGAAAGAAAAGAAAGACGAUAUGAAUUUCUUUUCAAAAAUAAAAAAUAAUUUUAUUGUAAAUGAUUAUAUAGUAGAAAAGAGAAUAGGUUCUGGUGGAUUUGGUAUUGUAUUUCAAGGUGUACAUAUACAAACAAAACAAAAGGUUGCAUUAAAAUUUAUUCCAAAGAGUAAUUUUUUAGAUGUAACAGAUGUACAUAGAGUAUUUAUUGAAAUUCAAACAUUGAGAGGAUUAAUACAUAAUAAUAUUAUUAAGAUGUAUGAUGUAAAUCAUUUUCAGAAUUAUGUAUGUUUAAUAAUGGAAUAUGCAAUAAAUGGUGAUUUAAAAAAUUAUAUUAAAAAUAAGUUUAAUGGAUUUUUAUCUGAAAAAGAAGCUCAUGAUUUAUUUCUUCAAAUUGUUAAAGGCGUAUAUUAUUGUCAUUCUAAACAUAUAGUACAUCGAGAUUUAAAAUUAGAAAAUAUAUUAUUAGAUGAAAAAAUGACAUGUAAAAUAGCUGAUUUUGGAUUAUCAGAUUUUGUUAAUGUAGAUCAAAAUAUUAAAACAGAAGCAGGAACAAAAGCAUAUAUAGCACCAGAAAUAAUUUUUAAUCAAACAAUUAAUUAUUCAGUUUUUAAAUUAGAUAUAUGGAGUUUAGGAAUUUUAUUAUUUAUUAUGACACAAGGAUUUGCACCUUUUCAAUAUAUGGAAAAAGAACUCAAAAAUUUUGAAAGUAAUACACUUAAUUAUGCAAAUGAUAUAUCAGAUGAUUUGAAAGAUUUAAUAUCAUUAAUGUUGAAUGUUGAUCCUAAUAAAAGACCAAUCAUAGUAGAGAUACUAAAUCAUAGGUGGUUUGAAAAUUAUAAGGAAUCAUAA